AUGACACCACAGCAAUCGCGUGAUAAACGACGUUUCUACGUGAAAAAAAUAGCGAUCGGUCUGGAUCGUUUCAAAGAAUGGGAAGAGCAACUCGGCGAUCAAUGGUAUAGACAUCAUAACUUGUAUGUAACCGAAGAAGGUCAUGCACAUCCGCCAUUCACCAACAGCGUCACUAAUUUGGGUGAUUGGGCAUUGCCAUCGUCCUCAUCUGAAUUUGUGAGUAUCGACUGCAAACCUCAAAUUAAUUCAGUCUUAUCGAAAGGUUGCGGUACAUCACAAUCAUCUAAACGUCAGAGAACUGCUGACGAAGACUAUUCAUCGAAAAAGAUUCCACUUCUUUGUCAACAACAACUUUUGCAGCUUUUCAGUAUGCAAGGCGAUCCCAUCCAUGAGACAAUGAUGACUGAGGUGCAUUCUUAUCAUACAUAA